AUGGAAGAGGAUACGGAUUUCUCAGAAGAGCUACGCAAGAUAUCAAAUAGUCUCGAAAACGCCCUCGAUACCUUCGGGCCAUCCUCAAGACAAGCGCAUGCGAUCCUGAGCAUGUUGAAAGAUUGCCUGCAAAGAUUACAUGAUCAGCAACCAAAAUUGGCAACCAACGUCGAUGCGGAUCUCCUGGGCUCUGCGAUGGAGCUUCUGAAGCUGGAGGAAUAA